AUGAAUUGCCUGGCCCUAAGCGGGCAUGAGCAGGAGACGAAGCCCCGGAGCCGGGUCUGGCUGGCCCGCUUCCACGUGCCCUCUUUGGUCCCUGCGUUUGAGGUGGCACUGCCCCACCUGGAGACCACCGCUGUGCCGGAGCCCCCAGGAGCGGGCCCUGCUCAGCAUCCCUCCGCCACGGGAGCCCCCUUGGCCCCUCCACCCCAGCCCCAGGCUCCCCUGCUCCCAGCUCUCCCCUCCGAGGCCAAGCAGAGCAGGCCCUUUCCCGGGGGGGAAGCCCCCAGCCCUCAGCCUUCGCCGUUCUGCUCCCCUCUGCUGGGGAAGUGGAUCCCCCCCAGCACUGAUGUCUGCAGGGAGCCCUGUCUCGUCCUGGGAAGGGGGGUGGGAACGGGCCACGGCCCUGCGCAUGCCUGCAGCCUCUUCCUGGCAUCCCGCCUGGCAUCCCUGAAUCUCCUGCUACACGACACCCCAGAAAGAAAGCAACCUUCUGGCCCCAAGAAGCCGCCUCCUCAGACGGUCAUUGCCCUGCUGGGCGUCCCCCAUCUUAGACUUGCCAGCUUCAUUUUGGGGGCCCGGGGCCUGCCGGCAUCUCCUCUCCUGGGUCUGGAAGGAGGGGAGCUCGCUGGGACCCCCACCUCGGGCCCAGGCGGCGGACAGGCGGGCCCAGAGCCCCGGACCGAGGCCGAGGCCGAGGCCGAGAGGCUGAGCCGGCGCAGAGCGAUCAAGGAUCAGGGCUGGCCCAGGCCAGAGAACUUGCAGAAGAAUUGGCUCCGCGAGUUCUACCAGAUCGUGCACACCCAUAAGCCCCACUUCAUGGCCCUGCACUGCCAGGAGUUUGGCGGGAAGAACUACGAGGCGUCCAUGUCCCACGUCGAUAAAUUCGUCAAAGAGCUCCUGUCCAGUGACGCCAUGAAGGAGUAUAACCGGGCCCGCGUGUACCUGGACGAGAACUACAAGUCUCAGGAGCAUUUCACGGCGCUGGGAAGCUUCUAUUUCCUUCAUGAAACCCUGAAGAACAUUCAUCAGUUUGACUUUAAAGCAAAAAAAUACAAAAAAGUUACCGGCAAAGAAAUCUACUCGGACACCCUGGAGAGCACCCCGAUGCUGGAGAAAGAGAAGUUCCCCCAGGACUACUUCCCUGAGUGCAAAUGGUCCAGGAAAGGCUUCCUCCGGACGAGAUGGUGCAUCUCUGACUGCGCCUUCGACCUGGUGAACAUUCACCUGUUCCAUGAUGCUUCCAACCUCAUCGCCUGGGAAACGAGUCCAUCGGUUUAUUCCGGAAUCCGGCACAAGGCUUUGGGUUACGUGCUUGACCGAAUCAUCGACCAGCGGUUUGAGAAGGCGGCCUACUUCGUCUUCGGAGAUUUCAACUUCCGACUGGACUCCAGAUCCGUGGUGGAGACACUUUGUACCAAAGCCACGAUGCAGACCAUACGGGCAGCUGACACAAAUGAAGUCGUGAAGUUAAUAUUCCGUGAAUCUGAUAACGACCGGAAGGUCAUGCUGCAGUUGGAGAAGAAGUUGUUUGACUAUUUCAACCAAGAAGUGUUCCGAGACAACAAUGGGACGGCGCUCCUGGAAUUCGACAAAGAGUUGUCGGGCUUCAAAGACAAGUUGUAUGAACUGGACAUCUCAUUCCCUCCCAGUUACCCGUACAGUGAAGACUCAAGCCAAGGGAAGCAGUACAUGAACACCCGGUGCCCGGCGUGGUGUGACCGAAUCCUCAUGUCCCCCUCCGCCAAGGAGCUUGUCCUGAGAGUGAGUACCACCCGCUAGAUGGCCUGAGAGUGUGCACGCUCACCCGUGUGAUGGCACCCUGACACGCUCACCCGUGUGAUCACACCCUGACACGCUGACACACUCACCCGUGUGAUCGCACACUGACACGCUGACACGCUCACCCGUAUGAUCGCACACUGACACGCUCACCCGUGUGAUCACACCCUGACACGCUCACCCGUGUGAUCGCACCCUGACACGCUGACACACUCACCCGUGUGAUCGCACACUGACACGCUGACACGCUCACCCGUAUGAUCGCACACU